AUGGAACACCACGGGACGGAUUUUCACCGGAGUUCUAAUUCGCUCGAUUCCGAUUCAAAGUCCAGUUCACUCAACUCCAAGCACGGAAUGGACACAAUUGUCGCGAACGAGAAUGGCUUUACGUAUUUGUCCGGUGAGAACAUGCAGGACCGGAAGAGCGACGUUUCGUACAUCUGUCCGUACAGUGGGCCUGCAAUCGGUACGCUUACCAUCACCAAUUACCGCUUGCACUUUCGUUCGCAGCCCGCCUCCGACAAGGAUCCGGUGAUCGUUGUCGACUGCCCGCUGGGUGCGGUCAGCCGGAUCGAGAAGGUGGGUGGUGCAAGUUCACGGGGUGAAAAUUCGUACGGCAUUGACAUUUUCUGCAAAGAUAUGCGUAACCUGCGGUUCGCACACAAACAGGAAAAUCAUUCCCGGCGUACGGUGUUCGAGAAGCUGCAGCUAUAUGCGUUCCCGCGCGCCAACGAUGGCCAGCUGUUUGCGUUCAACUAUCGCGAAAAGUUCCCCGAAGAUGGGUGGACGGUGUACGAACCGGUGGCCGAAUUGCGCCGGAUGGGGGUGAACAGUGCGAACAACGAUACGUGGCGCAUUACGCGCAUUAACGAAGGGUACGAAAUAUGUGACAGCUAUCCGUCGGUUUGGGCCGUGCCGAAGACGGCAAAGGACGAUCUGCUGAAGCAGGUGGCAGCGUUUCGGUCGCGCAACCGGUUGCCGGUACUGUGCUGGAUACAUCCAAAGUCGUUGGCGACCAUUACGCGCUGCUCGCAACCACUGGUCGGUGUGGGUGGCAAACGGAGUGAAGCGGAUGAAACGUACAUCAAUCUCAUCAUGGAGGCGAAUGCCCAGUCGGACAAGCUGUCGAUCAUCGAUGCGCGGCCGAGCGCGAACGCGAUCGCGAACAAGGCGAAGGGCGGCGGUUACGAGUCGGAAGAUGCGUACAAGAACGUGGAGUUGACAUUUUUGGACAUCCACAACAUACACGUGAUGCGCGAAAGUUUGCGAAAGCUGAAGGAGAUUUGCUUCCCUGCUAACGAUGACCACAAGUGGCUGUCGGCGGUGGAAAGUACGCUGUGGUUAAAGCACAUCAAGUGCAUUCUGGGCGGUGCCGUGCGGAUCGUCGACCGGAUCGAAAAUAUGCGAAUGUCGGUGGUGGUACACUGUUCGGACGGGUGGGAUCGUACGUCACAGUUGACGGCAUUAUCCAUGCUGCUGCUCGAUCCAUACUAUCGAACGCUCAAAGGCUUUCAGGUGUUGAUCGAGAAAGAAUGGCUUAGCUUCGGACAUAAGUUCGAACAGCGUAUCGGGCACGGUGACAAUCAUCACUCGGAUGCGGACCGAUCGCCGGUAUUCCUACAGUUCAUCGAUUGUGUGUGGCAGAUAUCGAAACAGUUCCCGCACGCACUAGAGUUCAACGAAUAUUUCCUAAUCACGAUCCUCGAUCAUCUGUACUCGUGUCGAUUUGGAACCUUCCUGUACAACACCGAACGGGAACGCGCUACAAACGAUCUGAAAAAUCGUACCGUCGCGCUGUGGUCGUUUAUCAACUCGUCGCACGAGGAAUACCGUAACCCGCUGUUCGGUGGAUUAAGCAACUAUCUCAGCACGAUGCCGGUGCAGACGGUACUGCGGCCGGUCGUUAGCAUGCGCCACAUCCGCCUCUGGAAGGGUCUGUACUGCCGGUGGAACCCAAGCAUGCGGCAACAGGAUCCGAUCUAUCAGCGUACCCGUGAACUGCUGGCCCUGCAGGCAGAACUGAUGAAACAGCUGGAAGAUUGUCGAACGGAGCGUGUUCUCAAUUAG